ACACAAGAUCUAUAUGCGUGGGGUAUACACACGGCUUCCUUAGAUGAUUGAAACGGGGUGAUGGUGACGACUGAAUAUGCAUGAUCUCCAAGCCAAUUGAGACAGGAACCAUUCCAGCACCAAUCACGUGCAACAAAAUCGAAAUUAGUCAACCAUACAUGCGUGGGUGAUGCGCACUACUACUAAAUUACCCACAAAGCAGAACCGGAUCAAGUGACCAUGGAUAAUUGCCCCAUCGUCGGCAACUGCGCACCGGGAACCACCUCCAUAUUGCUUGAAACCGACGAUGUAGUUGUUAAAAAGGCUCGUUCAAUUGGGCUAUAAGCCUUUUAAAAACUGCACCGUAGUGUUAAAACAAAUGUGGGCCGGAAACUAUGGAUCCAAAAUGAGAAGAUGUGGCACGUGUCCCAGCCGGAGCAAGUGGCUAAAGGUAAACGGAUGUAGAAAAUCGGGAGGAUGUUAGAGAGAGAGAGAGAGAGACAAGAGGCGGGAGCGCAAGGGAGGAGAGGGGAGAUCGGAAUUUAGGGUUUUGAAAUUCGCCGGGAAAUUGGAAGGUAUAGUGAGCGCGCGACUGAUCAUCCAUUGCAGUGGCUUCUCAAGCUUUAAAUUUUCUUUUUUUUUUUGCAUUCGUGAGCUACUGCUUUUGUGUAGAGGAAAACAAAAACCAAAGGGGGAAAAAUGCCAGCGGAAUUGGUGAGUUUGAUUUGGUAUUUGAUGAUGUCUGUUUGUGAGAAAGAGGUGUGCUUGUCAUGUGCAGGGAGCGGCGAGGAAGAAGAAGAGUGGUGUGUGAGAGAUUGUAGAGAGAGAGUGUUUGUUGUGAUUCUACGAGAGCGAUACCAAUUACAUCCAUUAGCACCAAUCCUUCGAGUGUGAUAAGAGUGUUUUUUUGCCAUCCUAAGCUUCCAAUUCUUCGUAAUUUCCUGAUGGAGCGGAAGCUUGUGGUUCUGGGUAUUCCAUGGGAAGUGGAUACCGAUGGUUUGAGGGACUAUAUGAGCAAGUUCGGGGAUUUGGAGGACUGCAUUGUCAUGAAGGAGCGGUCUUCGGGUCGAUCUCGUGGUUUUGGCUAUGUCACCUUUGCGUCGAUGGAAGAUGCCAAGAACGCAUUAGAGAGUGAACACUACAUGGGGAAAAGAAUGUUGGAAGUUAAAGUGGCAACACCAAAGGAGGAGAUGCGAGCCCCUUCCAAGAAGGCAACGAGAAUUUUUGUUGCUCGGAUCCCACCAUCUGCAACAGAAGGAGCUUUCCGUAGUCAUUUUGAGAGAUAUGGUGACAUAAUAGACUUGUACAUGCCAAAGGAUCACAGUUCAAAAACCCAUCGUGGAAUUGGGUUCAUCACAUUUGCUAGCUCAGAAUCCGUGGAUAGUUUGAUGGUGGACACACAUGAAUUGGGUGGUUCCACAAUUGUUGUUGACCGAGCAACACCUAAGGAAGAUGAUUUCAGGCCGGCAGGAAGAGUGCCAGCAGCAGCGCAUGGUGGCUACGGUGCAUAUAAUGCUUAUAUUUCUGCUGCAACUAGAUAUGCAGCCCUUGGUGCUCCUACCUUGUAUGACCAUCCAGGCCCGCUCUAUGGAAGAGCGGAACCACCAUCUAGGGGAGUUGGGAAAAAGAUAUUUGUUGGAAGGCUUCCUCAAGAGGCAACUGCUGAAGAUCUGCGUCUAUAUUUUGGCAGAUUUGGCCAUAUAAUGGAUGUUUACGUCCCAAAGGACCCUAAGAGAAGCGGUCAUAGAGGUUUCGGGUUUGUCACCUUUUCUGAAGACGGUGUGGCAGAUCGUGUAUCACGAAGGUCUCAUGAGAUUUGUGGGCAUCAGGUCGCUAUUGAUUCUGCUACUCCACUUGACGAUGCCGGUCCCAGUACAAGCUAUGUGAUGCCUGGAGCUGAAGUUCUGGGUGGUUAUGGUGGUCCUAUGCGCAGCUUUGGUAGAAUGUAUGGAAACCUGAGCUUUGAAGAUAUGGGGUGGGGGUACGGCAUGGGUGCUGGAAGACAGUCGUCAAGAGCAGAUUGGAGGUUCAGACCAUAUUAAAGUCCCGGCAUCCCUGAGCAAAACUUCAUGUGCUUCAUUGAUUAGAGUUUACUCAGAAGGCAAAAUAAUAGCAUGAUGAAUCCCAUUAGAUUGAUCUCUUGUGCUUGUAUUUGAUUUCUUUCGGAUAGGCGAUUAAUGUUGACCAUGGACAUGAUCGAAUCUUUCUGACUUCAAUAAUGUACAUUAUAUGAC